GCCAUGUCUCCGACGAUUGAGAUCGACGCAUCACAACAUCCCAUUUCGUCCGUCACGGUUUACCAAGGUCGCGCAGAAGUGGUACGCAAGUUUGCGAUUGAGCUCGAGGUAGGUCAGUCGGAGGUUCUCAUCGACAAACUUCCAACUUGCCUCGACGAAGCCUCCUUGCGGGUUGAUGGUAUCGGCAAUGCAGUCAUCUUCGACGUUAUAUAUGAACUGCGCCCUUCUUUCCACCCACCCCCUAACCCAUAUACGAAAGAGAGCGACGAAAUCAACGCGCUGCGCAAUGAGGCUGCUGCUCUGAAGCGGGAAUUCAAAGUGCUCGAAGCACAGAAUGCCGUGCUCGAUGAAUUCUCCCACACCCUCAAUGCGAAAGAUAUCGAUGCGGAACGCGAGGACAUCGCGAUGAAGGCGAAACAGAUCAACGAAAUCGAUACUAAGAUUGCGGCAAAAGGGAGAGGCCCGCCUCUGAGCGAGGAACAGAUCAAGCUGGCAACGAAGGUUACGGUCGUUGUCCUCGCAGAACGGGCAGGGAAGGCAGAACUGACGGCGACAUACGUCGUGACAAAUGCGACCUGGACUCCACUUUAUGACUUACGGGCGAUGAUCGAUGCUACCGCGAAAACUGGAACCGCCAUCUCACUGAGCUAUCGUGCAAGUAUCGUGCAAACCACGGGAGAAGACUGGAAGGAUAUUAUCCUGUCACUUUCAACCAGUGCGCCAUUGACGGGCACACAGAUCCCAGAGUUAAUGUCGCAGCGCAUUCGACCGCCAUUGCGCCCUAGGAACCUUCCUCACGGAUUUCGAGGAUCUCGUGGUGGAGGUCGUGGAAUCAUCGCUCCCUUACGUGCUGCGGCUCCUGUUGGCGCGGCCCAAUUUGGAUUCGCGGCUACUGCUUCACUGGCUGAUGUCGAAACAGAGGCGAUACGCGAGCCGUCGCAACAACGCCAGAUGGUAGUGCCAGCAGCGCGCGCUCAAGAAGGGACUAUUUCUGCUAACUUCCUCAUCGAUGGACAGUCUACUAUUCCAUCCGACGGAUGCACGCACAAGGUCGCCAUUGCUGUUCUUGACCUAUCAGCCGAAAUUGAAUGGAUUGCCGUGCCCAAGCUGAAUAAAUCUGCCUUUUUGCAAUGUCAGAUCGUCAACUCGUCCAGCUACUCGCUUCUUCAGGGACCGUCCAACAUAUUUGUUGAUGGUUCGUUCGUCGCCAAAUCGCAGAUUCCUUUUGUCUCACCUCAGGACACCUUUGCGUGCUCCAUCGGCAUCGAUCCCUCUAUUCGUAUUACGUACGCUCCGCAAAGCAGGAAAGCGCGCACACAAGCAACUGGUACCAUCUUUAACCAGUCGAAGGUCGAUGCAUCUAUCUUCACGCAGCGAAUCAGCAUCAAGAAUACAAGGCAAACCACGGUCAAAUUGUUCGUGCGAGACCAUGUGCCCGUGAGCGAGGACCAGAAGUUCAAGAUCUCUGUUAUUGAGCCGAAAGACCUUGGAGCUGCCAAAGCUGGUGAGAUUGUCAACAUCUCAAAGGAGGCUUUCUGUCGUUGGUCUCAGAAGGACUGGGAUACGCUGGACAUAUCUUCAAACAAUGGGAAUAGUUUCGGCGCGAACACGCAUACACCCUAUGGGCAGGUAGAGUGGGUUGUUACCCUCGGACCCGGUAAGAGUACUGAGCUCAUACUUUCGUGGAAUUUCGUGGGAAGUGGCGGCACCACUCGGCGAUCAGUGGGAGACAUUUUUUGGUGUAAUUAACACGGGUGUUGAAUGUACAAGAGCUUGGUGAUGAAAUCGAC